AUGGAUAUGAAAAAAGAGGAAGAUGCAACAGGUGAAUCUAAUGAGGCAAAUGAGAAUAUAUAUGAGGAAUUAUUUUCAUAUGCUAAUAGUGAUAAUGAAAUUGUAAAAAAGGAAAGUUUAAGAAUUAUAUUAAGUUUAUUAGAAGAAAAUGAAUUAAUAGAAUACAUUAGAAAAAACAAUAAAAAGUGUUUUAAAAUUAUUAUUUCAAAUUUAAAUUCAAGAAAUAAAAUGUUAUCACUUGAAUGUUUAUUAAAUUUAUCUGCCCGAUUACCAAAAGAAUUAACUGAAAGAAAUAUAAUAGAAAUAUUGUUUGAUAUGGUAAAAGAAGAAGAAAAAUAUGAAGAAAAUUGUAUCGAUUUAUAUAUAAUGAUAAUAUCUAAUAUAACAAGAUGUAAAGAAGGAAUAUAUAAAAUACUUGAUUUAAAAGAAGAUACUAAUAUUGAUAUAAAUGAAGAGAAGUUUUUUGUUAGUUAUUAUUUAAAUAAAUUAUUAUAUUUCUUUUUCUUACCAAUAAAACCAUCAAUUAAUAAAAAUAUUAACGAUAAAUAUAUAUAUGUUUCACAUAUAUUAAUAAAUAUAAGUUCAAUCAAAGAAAGUUCUUUGUUUUUUAAAAAUGUCUCAUUUUUAAAUAAAAUAAGUGAACAAAUAUUAAAUAAGGAUAGAUUUAGGGCAAUAUUACCAUUUAUAAUAAACUUAUGUUUAAAUGAAACUACUCAUAAUUAUUUAUUUCAUGACAGUUGUAUUUUAUUUCCAUAUAUAUUAUCGUACAUUUAUACAAAUAAUUAUUCUUUAUGUAGUAAUAAUAUAUAUAAUUCAAAUAACGUAGAAAAAAGUGAUAAUAUACAUCAUAUAAUUUUACAAAAGGCAACAGUUCUAAUUAACUGUUCAAUAAUUAAAAGUAGAAUUAUUAUUAUUUUAUUAUAUCUAUGUAAAAAGGAUUAUUCAAGAGAAAAACUUCAUAAUUAUGGUAUUUAUGAUAUUCUAAGAAACUGGAAAUCUCAUGAAAAAGACACUGAGCUAUUAUCUGAUAUAGAAAAUAUUGCUGAUAAAUUUGAAGCAAAAAAGAACGGUAAAGCUUUUAUUAGUUAA